GUCGUCGUCGCCGUCGUCGUUGUCGUAUUUUUGGUCGCGGUCUUCGCAUCCCUAUCCUUUCCCCCUAGCACGGCUGCCUUCUCCUACCGCACACACGCAGCAACGAUGUCCGACGACAAGAAGAAACGCCUUUCGUACUGGUACUUUGGAGGGCUGGCCAGUGCUGGAGCGGCCUGCUGCACGCAUCCGCUGGAUCUGCUGAAGGUCACAUUGCAAACGCAGCAGGAGGGUAAAAUAUCGCUGCUCCAGCUUACCGGAAAGGUGGUGCGUACGCAGGGUGUCCUAGCGCUCUACAAUGGCCUCUCGGCAUCGUUGCUUCGCCAGCUGACCUACUCGACGACACGGUUCGGAAUCUACGAGGUGGGCAAGCAAGCGAUGGGCAGCGAUUCCGGAUUCUUCGGCAAGGCGCUGCUAGCCGGAGCGGCCGGAGCUGCUGGUGGAUUUGUCGGAACACCGGCCGACAUGGUUAACGUGCGGAUGCAGAACGACAUCAAGCUACCCCCGGAGCAGCGUAGAAACUACAAAAACGCCGUCGAUGGUCUGUUCCGGGUGUACCGAGAGGAGGGUUUUGCGCGCCUGUUCUCCGGGGCGUCCACUGCGACCUCCCGCGCCGUUUUCAUGACCAUCGGUCAGCUAUCAUUCUACGAUCUCGUGAAGGAUCUGCUGCUGAAAUCGGGCCACUUUGGCGACAACUUGACGACCCAUUUCCUCUCGUCGCUAACGGCCGGAGCCAUCGCGACCACACUGACACAACCGCUGGACGUGCUAAAGACGCGCGCCAUGAACGCCAAACCGGGCGAGUUCCAGGGCGUGUGGGACAUUGUGCGAUUUACCGCCCGUCUCGGACCGCUCGGGUUCUUCAAGGGUUACGUGCCGGCCUUCGUGCGCCUUGGGCCGCACACCAUCCUUACCUUCGUCUUCCUCGAGCAGCUGCGUAUGAACUUUGGCUAUCUGAAGCCGGAGUCGAAAACGAACUAGUGGCCGAACCGCAGCAUAGCACCUCGAACGAUUACCGUUUACGGGUUACCGCGAGCUUUUAGAGCAUUUGUUGACACAUUCCACUAACGAACAAGCUGUAGGCAUCACGGGUAGAUCAGGUCGAUCGAGUACCGGUGAUGCAACCGGUACCGAACAUUGUUAUGGGUUUCUAUUUUUUCGUUUUUUAAUCUUUUGGUUUUAACUGACACGUAUAAAUUUGAAAACUUUCCACUCUCAUAGAGACACCAUAAGGAAAGUUGCGAGAUUACGAAGAGGGUUUGAAUAAAUAUUUAUCAACGUUAGAGUUAAUCCGCGAGCCGUAUUUUUCCACCGUUUGUACGUCGUUUACGUCAGUGAGAUCACCUGUCCACAGUCGUGAGCAAGGACAGCGUAGCAUUGCGAAAUUUUUUGGCAUACCCAAUUUCUUAUAGCGACUAACAAAGAGCGAUGCUCCCGCCUUCGAAAAACAAAAGCGCAUGGAA